CGCUGUCAGGCCCAAAUGACGGGCAGCUAGCUAAACUAGUUGUUUUUGCGUCCCGUGUGUGGCGCGAGCCAUGUUGACUUUUGACGAACUUCUGACAAGUUUACACAUUUGUGUCGUCACCGAGAACCAAACGAAGGAAAAUGGAAACCAAACUCUUCAGCUCUUUUUCGACAAACUUUCGGAGUGCUCCAGGAGCGAUGUUAAAAGAAGGAAGGAGCGCCUUUUGGACGAGGCUGCCCAACUGCUGAAGGCGGUCAAGGUGGAUGGCUUGGAGCCCGAGCACCUCCAUGUCAUCGUCCGACUUCUCGUCUCCUUGCAGCUGCAGACGGUUCACAUCUCCACAGCCUGCAGAAAAGUGGACCGGAUGUUGCAGCAACUGGCGAAGGUGGACCGUCGACUGGUGUUCGGCGAAACCCAAGUCUGUUUGAGCUCCAUAGUUCAAUCAGAGCAGAUGUUCACCCAAGAAGACCUUCAGAGAGCAUGUAUGUUCCUGGAGGACAGCGCUGCGGGCCGCGACGUGUGGCGGGAGCUCUGUCCUUCCUUCCUGGACAAGCUCGCCAAAUUCUUCCUGUUAAUCCUGCACCAAGAGUCCCUCCGAGAUGGGCCGCUGUGUUAUCUUGCCGUGAAGAUGUGUCUCCAGAUAUUUCAGCUGUUGUCCAGCGAAGUGUCUUUUGCAGUAUGGGACAAUGACGAGAGGACGCCGGCAAUCCAGGAAAUCUUGCAGGCGCUUACCGAAAUCAUUUUUCGAGAGAGUAGCAACAGAGACACUCGACUUCUGGCGGGGACCGCUACGGCCAUGCUCAUCAACACGGCGUCGGAGCGCAGCGCCGGUGCAGCGGCCGCUUGGAGUCUUUUACAGAGCUCUGAUUCGGAACCACGUCUGCUGACAGUGGGGGCCCUUCAGGUGCGGAGUUACCCCACGUCGUUGGCCGGAGUGGGUCAGCUGGCGAUGGCCAGGGGCCUCCUGAUGUGCUGUCACCGUCACAUCUUGCUCAGUUCAUGUGCACAGGGCGCAGAGGGCAGCCUCCUACUGGAUGCUUUGUUUCCUCUGCUUUCUGAUUUGUGCGAGGAGAAGCUGAACGGUCACUUCCUUUCCUUUGAGGUGUUGACGCUGUGGCUGAAGAAGGUCAGAGAAUGCGCGUCUGAUAUCUGGGAGAUGACGGGUGGCCGUCUUCUGGCUGACGGGAGCAACCUGCAGCAACGGCUCUGUUCCGUUAUUUGGACCGGUGCUGAAAGUCCAGUGGAAGGUGUGUCCGACUGUGCCCGAGUGACUUUUAGCUUGCUUUUGGACCUCUAUGACACGGAUUGCGAGCGGUUUGGCGACCAAAAGAAGCCUCUUUAUUUGUCUCUACUGCAACGAAUUAUCCAACUCCCGUGGGAAUCCAAAGCCAAAUACCAGCGCCUCUGUGCUCUGGUUCCAUAUUUGGGCACCGACACGGUGCUGGAUCAAUAUGCCGAAAUACCGAAUCACCUCCUGAAGUGCGUGUCAAACGAUCACCUGUGUCCUUGCGGGUCAGAACUUUACAGGUGUCUGAUCCAGCAGCAGAGACGAGAGCUCUGCGGGGAAUGUCCGAAGCCGGUUUCGGAGUCGGAUCUGGCCAAUCAGUGGGCUGGACGGUGGCUUCCCGUCCUCCUUGAGGCGCUGACCUCACGUGUCGUUAUUCUUCAGAGCAACAGCUCAACGCAUUUACUCCCCUGCACCUUCCAGGUCUUCCCCUCCGCUGUGGAACCUCUGCUGGCCUCCCUUGACCCGUCCUCACCAGGCCACCUCUGCGCCUGGGCCUUCAUUAUGAGUAGCUACAGGGUCGUGACUGGGGGGUCGCCCUGGUCUCUGCGGGGGAGCUGCUCCCUGGAGAUCCUCCAGCUCGCCCUGGGCUCUGCGGAUGACAACGUUCGACUUGCUGCCCUCAACCUCCUGUGUUGCAGCCCAAAGACCAAAGACACUCCGACACCGGAAGAACUGUCAGUAAUGAGGACCUUCAUUCCUCAGAACCUAAACUCCGAGUCAUCGCUUUUCCGCCAGCAUUUUCAAGCAGCAGUGAGGAGAUUUUUGGUUCGGCUCAGAGACGGCUGCUUGGCGCACGUCAAACAACAGAAGAACACCGGCCCGAUGGAAAGCUCACGGCAAAUACUGGACCUGGGAAUAGGGUUUGUGGACUGGUUGAGCCAGCUUUUGUGCUGCAGUCUGACCGCCGAUCACAACUACCAAAGGAAGAAGACGGCCUUACUGUUGCUGUCAGCGCUGCUGGAGACCUGCACGGACACGUGGAGCCCCGACAAGAAAAAGGGACAACCACCCGUGAACAUGGGAUCGCUCAUUGACUGUGCCAGGUUGAGAGGACAGUGGGACUUCUUCUCCAGAACCAAGCUGCUGGUUCUCAUCAGCUGUUUGGAGGAUUCCACGAAUGAGAUUCGGGAGCUUUCAGCGGGAUUAUUGGUGAGAUUCUUCCCCUCCGUCCUACCUGCCGACGUCGCCGCCGCUGUGCUGACUCGUGCCGAGCAGCUGCUGUGCAGUCCUCGCGUCCAGCAGGCCCAGAUGGGGGCGCUCAUGAUGCAGCUGCUGCAUUACAAAUGUCAAGGCCUUCCUGAAGAUUGCAAACUAAACCAUGACGCCAGCGUCAGUAGUGUCCGUAGCAUGGAGACCUCCAGUUUUCUUAGAUUCCUUGUGAAUGAGCUCGAGGAUCACUACGCUACAGCCAAGGCCCACGUGAUGCUCGCGGCCAGAACCAAACCUAUUCACGGCGUCGUGAGCGCCCUGCAGAAGUGUUUGUCGGAGGACGCACGCCCCAUCUGUGAUUCACUCGGUCCUGCGCUGACCACUAAUCUGCUGAGCUUGCUAAAAAACGUCUCAGCGCUUCUCCUCGGCGUACUCCGCGGACACCGGGAUUUGGAAAGCGAUUCUCCCGCUUCUUUCUGCGACAUGGGGAAUGCCAUCAAAUCUCUGAUUGGCAGCGGAGACGGACAAGAGGAGGGUGUCUUGUUGUCUGAGGAGCACAGCCUCGUUCUUACCUGCUGCUGGGUUUCGCUAAAGGAAACGGGAAUCCUUUUAGGUUCUCUCGUGGAGAGGGUUCUUUCUGAAUCCAAGCCCAAAACGUGCGUUCUGACAAAAAAGCAUCUCGAAACUGCGUCGGAUAUUUUUAGAAAUAUUCUCCUCAAAUGCCGUCACUGGGGGGCAGUAGAAGGAUGUUGCGUGGGCUUCACCAGAUUCUGUUCGGCUCUGCUCAGGUCCAGUGACCCUGAGCUCAGGGAUGUCCCAUCUCAAAUGCUCCAACAAGCGUUACAAGUUGUGCAGUCUCCUCGUUGUACCUCCGUCACACGGCGGGCCGCCGGAUUGCCGAUGCUGAUCCUUUGUGUCGUCUCUGCAGAGGAGGCCAGUAAAGCACGCCCACUCUUAGCCCACAGCAUCCGAACCUUACUGGACACGGCUCGGAUCCCCCUUCCGGAGAACUGGGACCAGACGUUGGACCUCCCGCAGGUGUGUGCCGUUCACACGCUUCAGGCUCUGGUGCGCGGAUCGGGCCUGGGCGUCGCCAUCCUUCGGUUUUCGCCCGACAUAACCAUCCUGGCGCUCACGAUGCUCAGUUCUCCCUGCUGGGCCAUGAGAAAUGCCGCCCUGCAGCUUUACAGUUCUCUUUGCUCGCGGAUGCUCGGGCAGAGGCCCGGCAGCGAAGGUGGGACGAAGCACGGCAUGUCCCCCCGCGCCUUCUUCCGCCACUAUUCCGAGCUCCAACCUUUCCUCCUCGAGGAACUCCGGGAGACCGCCCGUGACCUUCAGCGUCUAUCCGAGGAGGCCAGACUCCGGCUUCAGCCGUCGCUGUACCCGAUCCUGACGCUCUUGUCGCAACUGCAGCCUGGCGUCCAGGACUCGGAACACAGAAGCUUAGCAGACUUCCUGCCUCCUUUGCUUCAGCUCUCCGCCAGUCCCAUUUACGGCGUGAGAGCGAUGGCCUCCAAGGCGCUGGUCGCCAUGGCUCCCCCCUCAGAGUACGCAAACAUCCUCAUCCAUCUGACGGCGCGCUUGCCCGGCGCACCGGCGCGCUGCUGUCACAACUGGCUCCACGGGCAACUGCUGCACACGAAGGCUCUCCUGGACAGAGCGCUUGGCAAAAACCGUGCGCCGGCGGCGGUGGUGAGCGCCGUGGAGGGAGCAGCGUGGCUCGCCACGGAUGCUCAGCGGUGCCCGCUGGUGAGAGCGACCUAUGUCGCCGUGGUGCAGUCACUGGGAAAAUUGUGCAGCGAGGCUUUUCUCUCGAAGCUCUUUGACGUUCUCACGCGUGAACUACGUACGCCUCAGCAGGGCCUUCAGAUUGGCUUGUCUUCCUUCCAUCAUCAAGCCAUCCAGUUUCUCUGCGCCGACCCCGAGUGGGCGUGUGGCACCUUGGAGGGUUUCGCAGCAGCGAGCUGUGAUCUGAAGCUGGCGUUGGUCGCGUGGGUGGCGGAGGACCACGCCUCACUCGACGCCCGCUUGAAAGAAUCCGUCCAGAGUGCGCUGCAGUCCAGUCUAAGGGAGGCGCUGUUGAGCCCCAUCGAGGAGUACCGCAGGGCCCACCUUGCAGCCUUGGUAGCAGUGACGGCCCGGGGGGAUUCGCCUCCUCCACCGUGCCCACUCGAGGAAUCCGUUCUUCUGGAAUGUCUGGAUCUGUUAUUAAGGAGCCUGGAGGAUCAGAAAGGCGGGUCGGAGUUCCUGUCCCAGGCCCUGUGUGCUGCGAGCCUCCUGCUUUCCCACUGUUUUCAGAAUUCUGUAAUCCAACGCUGGUGCGGCGUCUUGGAGUCUUACCGGUCCCCUGAUGUUCCUGAAGUUCUGCGGAUCGCUUGUGCUGAAGCUCUGUGUGUGGCUGGCCUUCCCCUAGUGAGCCAGAAGCUCAUUCCGCCAUCUGUCAUGAUCAAGUUGCUGAGCACCUGCCUGCACUUGCUGCAGGACCAGAGCCGAGCGGCGAGGUCGAGAGCAGCCGGCUUCGUCGGCACGCUGCGUCACGUCAGAGGAGGAGGACACAAGCACGUCUACCUCAUGCAGGUCAACCUGGCGGUGCCGUUUCUGCUGGAUCUGUUGCUGGAGGAGUGCCGGGACACGCCGACGACAUUGGAGGUGCUUCUAAGUCACGUUCCUCACUCCGACCUGAGAUCUGUUCUGACCAAGCCGGCGGACAGCGGGUGCCGAGGCCUCUACGAGCAGGACGACGCCAACGUGUUUGCUGAGCCCUCGGUGAUGUGUGCACACGUGUUGCCCUACCUGCUGCUCGUGGCCGAAAAGUGCUCCGAAUCUUCAGCGUUGGCGUCGUGCCUCGGCACAUGGGCGCAGGAGAACGCCGCUCUGCUGCUAGACAACCUCGCACUGUGCAAAGACAUCCGGCCAGCCGAGACGCCGACGCUCCUCACCGACGCUCGGUUCCUCCGCACGCUUUGCGGCCUGCUCGCGAGAGCCACCUUCCUCCUCCGCCUUUGCAAAACCUGCGACCGCGUGCAAGACUUUUGCGACCCUUCGGCCCUGCGCGUGACUUUAAAGGAUGUCCGCCGUCAUCUGCGUCAAAUAGGUGUCCAUUUGAGCUCCUCUCGAGAAUCCUCCGAGACUAGUGACGUCACGCUGCCGCACCGUGGACUAUCGGUAAAAAGAUAACUGGGGAAAUCCUACGUGGGUGUUUGAGGUGGGCCUAAAUGCUGAAUGUUUACACUGGCUGUGAAUGGACUUUAUGAAGGUACAAGGUAAGAAAGCUCACUGUGUAACAAAUAUGUUACAUAUUUCUGAAAGGGCUGCUCAUUUUCUGAUGACAGAGCAGACACACAGAACAUGGUGGAAAUGAAAGGGAAAAAAGUAUAAAUGUGUGUAUUCUGCGCAAGGGUAUUGCUGCCACAAUGGAAAAGAAUUGUGUUCAGUACCACAUUAUGAGAUGCUUUCGUGUUAUGAUGUAAAAAGUUAGGUUUGAAUAUAAUAAAUCUGCCCAACCAAACCAAAGCAACCUCUAACGGUUCAGGUCUCUGGCGGAGUCUUUUUGUGUGCGCUUGUGCGUCUUACACUCUGUAGCAGAGUGACAAGCUGUAUGUAAAUUUAGACAUGGUAAAGGCUAUUACUGUGUCCUUAACUCCAUCUUGGAAGGACGCAAGCGGCCACAGGAGUUACAUUUUUUUCACAUUUUUAAGUGAAAUGUAUCACUUAAAACAAACAUAAAAAAAAAGCAAGUAAAACAACUACUAUAAUAAGGUAAUGGCAGGAUAAUACCAGCGAUAUUACGUGGUUACCUAAGAAGGGCAAGUUGGCUUGGACAAUUUAUCCCAAUCCUAAAAUUCCUUAUUACUAAAUUAGGCUUCGAGCUUCGUAGGACUUGGAUCACCCCGAACAGGCUCACUCAAAAAAAUGUCUAUUUUCCAGAGUUUCUAAUACUUUUGAAUGCUUUUAAUCUUACUUCAUUUUUAUUACUUUUUACAAUUUUUAUCAUUGAUCUCAUCCUACUUACUAUCAGUGUUAUCAUUUUAAUCAUUUGUCUUUUUAUUGAUUUAUGUUCAAUUCACAUCGAAUUUUGCCUUAACGUCGCAACCGUACCCCGCGCGACUGGCGGGAGUGACUGUCGAGUAAUGAAUGUUAUCUGAACAAUUUUUAUCAUUUUAUUAAAUACUUAAAAAUUC